GAAUCAUUCAAAAAAGUAAAUAAAGAAACCCAGUUGGAGUUGUAUAUAACAGAUGACAAUUUCUACAACUCCAAGCGUCGGAAAUGGCAGCUUGAUGAUCCGUGGCAAGGCUGUUCUUACUGGCGUUCCGGAUAAUGUCAUUGUUACCCCUGCAGGCUCUGAAGCGGCUUUCAUUGGAGCAAGUUCAGAAAAUUCAAGCUCUUGUCAUGUUUUCUCUCUUCGAAUUCUUCAGGGAUACAGGUUUACUUGCCUCUUCAGAUUCAAACUAUGGUGGAUGAUACCAUGUUUUGGAGAAUUAGGGGGUCAAGUUCCAGCAGAAACUCAAAUGCUUCUGUUGGAAGUAAGAGACAAGUCCAGUGUCCAUGAAGAAAUCACUAGUAAUACUGAGCCAAAUGGUGGUGGAGAAACUUUUUACGUUCUUCUACUGCCCAUUUUGGAUGGACAGUUCAGGGCCUCUUUGCAAGGAACAGUUACAAAUGAGCUCGAGCUCAAUGUUGAAAGUGGUGAUCCAAAUGUGGAAACUUCCCUGGUGAUGGAAACAGUUUUCAUGAAUUCAGGAGGCAACCCAUAUAACGUCCUCAAGGAUUCUAUCAAGAUGUUAGCAAAUAUAAAAGGUACAUUCAAUCACAUAGAGAACAAAAAGGUCCCAGAACACGUUGAUUGGUUUGGAUGGAGCACCUGGGAUGCAUUUUAUACCCGAGUCACACCAGAAGGAAUUGAAGAGGGUCUUAAAAGUUAUGCAGAUGGAGGAUUUGCUCCAAAAUUUCUGAUCAUCGAUGAUGGAUGGCAAAAUACAAUAGAAGAACUGUAUGAAGAUGAUGAAGAAAUUCCUGUUAAACACACGUUUGUUGGAAGAUUAGUGAGUCUGGAUGAGAACAGAAAGUUUAAGAACUUUUACUCAUUACAAACUAUCUGCACCAAUCUGCAACAGUUCAUCAAAAUCCUAAAAGAAAAAUAUGCAGUAAGAAUGAUAUAUACAUGGCACGCUUUAGUUGGUUAUUGGGGAGGAGUACUUCCCAGAUCCAAAGUGAUGAGAAAAUACAACCCCAGACUCGAGUUUCCAAUGCCUUCCCGUAGUAAUGUUUCCCAUGUUAUCUGUGACACCCUUGUGAAUGUGGGGAAAUAUGGAGUUGGCUUGAUCGACCCUUCGAAGAUUCUUAGUUUCUAUGACGAUUUGCAUAGCUACCUUGCUAGCUGUGGAGUAGAUGGAGUGAAAGUGGAUGUUCAGAAUAUUGUGGAAAUGUUGGGUUCUGGUUAUGGGGGCAGAGUUGAAUUCAGUAGACAAUACCAGCAAGCACUUGAGGAAUCUGUCGAUAAGAACUUCAAAGCCAAUAACCUCAUUUCCUGCAUGAGUCUAAACACAGAGUAUAUCUACAGCUCAAAGGUGGGUGCAGUUGCUAGAGUAUCAGAGGAUUUCAUGCCAAAUGAGCCAACAUUUCAAACUCUUCAUGUUGCUGCAGUUGCUUUCAACAGUCUCCUUCUGGGGGAGAUUGUUGUGCCAGAUUGGGACCAGUUUUAUAGUGAUCAUUACACAGCUUAUUUCCAUGGUGCAGCAAGGGCAUUGGGAGGAUGCUCAAUAUAUGUGAGUGACAGGCCAGGAAAACAUGAUUUCGAAGUCAUCAAAAAGUUGGUACUGCCUGAUGGCUCUAUUCUAAGAGCUAGAAAAGCCGGUCGACCUACUAGGGAUUGUUUAUUCUCAGACCCUGUCAUAGAUGGGAAGAGUCUAUUGAAGAUUUGGAAUGUGAACAACUUAACUGGAAUCAUUGGCAUUUUCAAUUGCCAAAGAGCAGGGAAAUGGCCACCAACACCAGGUGCUCAAUAUGAAUCACCUCAAGGAUCUGCAGAUGUUCUUCUGUCUAGCCGUGUCAGUCCUUCAGAUGUUGAUUCACUUGAAGAGAUUGCUGAUGAACAUUGGAAUGGAGAUUGUGCACUUUAUUCUUUUGGUUCAGGAUCUCUAUCAAAGAUGCCAAGGAAAGGAAGUUUUGAAGUGUCCUUGGGAACCCUAAAAUGUGAAAUCUACACAGUCUCUCCUAUCAGGGUUUUUGGUGACAAUAUUCAAUUUGCUCCACUUGGGUUGGUGGACAUGUUCAACUCAGGAGGAGCAAUAAAAUCUCUAGACUGCAAAAAAGAUUCAUCUGGUUUGAUGAUGGCAAAGAUUCAAGUUCGAGGAUGUGGUCGUUUUGGAGCGUAUUCCCACAGAAAACCAAGGUCCUGUGCAGUGGAUAAAAAAGAGAAGCAAUUCAUCUACGAUGCAAAAGAGGGUUUAUUGACUUUUAAACUUGAUGGAGAUUGCAAUUAUAAAGAAAUCCAAAUUGUCUACUGAUAAUGUUUAUGUGGUACAAACCCAAAGUGGUCUAUGUUAUGAAAAAUUUGGAAUUAUGAUAACUUGAACAAGUUAAUGUGUUCAUCGUGAUAUCACGAACAUCAAGUCGUGUAAAUAUUUAUAACCUUUGUUUCAAUUCCACAUGGUUGAGGAUGUCUCUCUUUCCUAUUA